UUUAUUACUGUAUGCGAUAACUUGUUUCUAUGAUGUAAGCGAUAUUUUUACUUAUUUUACAAGUUGGAAAACUGACAAAGAGUUUUUAACCGUUUCACGUUAUUCGAUUGAAGUUGUGAAAAUCUGGUAGGAUGAGCUACGUAGGUUGUCUUGUAUCCCUAAAUUGUGGGGAGUCCUUGGGUACAUUCCAGGGUCAAGUGAGGAAGGUAGACAACUCAACACAGUCUUUAUCUAUAAGUCAUCCAUUCAGAAAUGGGGUUAAAUGUGAAGUUCCAGAAGUAACAAUCAGUGCUUGCGAUAUAAAGGAGUUGAAAAUUAUAAAAACUGCUCAUGAGGCGAAGCACGUUUUACCUAAAAAAUCAACCCCAUCAAAACUUUCAAAAGAAACAGCUGAGGAUCUGGACUCUGUGGCAUCACCAGGGAGAAUUGCGGAAUCUAAACUAGAGCAAAAUGGUAACGGCACUGCAGGAAAUAGUAAUAAAGUAAAUGUUUUGACAAAUGGAAGGGACAGAUAUGUUAAUGACAGGAGGCCAACAGAGUAUAGUACCAGAAAUAGUAGUCCACAUGGUAACUUGUCAGGACGUGACAGAGAUAAUGGUACUAAUGGGCAUCACAGUUAUUCAGGGUCAAGGUAUGAUGAAGGUAGUAAUGGUUCUAGAAAUAGACAAACACCAACAAAAGAUGAACAAUUUAGAAGUAGAAGAAACUCAGAAUCAGAAGGCAGGGCGUCUGCGAAGACAAGUGUCCCGAGAAAGAUUGAGUUCCGUAAGAAGACAAGUUCACGGCAAGAUUGUUUCAGUGCCCCAGUAGAUUCAUUAAUGGAUGAGUUUGACUUUGAGAAAAAUCUUGCUCUGUUUGAUAAGAAAGCAGUGUUUGAAGAGAUUGAAAAUAAUAAUCCGGAGGUAAUACGUGUUGGUGAUAAAAAGCCGACUAAAUAUAGACAUGAUGAGAACGUCCUCCAAUCCAAACCCACAACAUUUCAACAAAUAAAAGUCCCAAAAGAUUAUGGGAGUUCUUAUGUUACAGAUUCAGGUUUAAUAGUUCCAUGUAUAGAUUAUGACCUCAGAAAUAAGUUAUUUGAUAUAGCUGAAGCUUGUGGGUUUUCUAUGGAGAGAAGGUUAGAGAUGAUAGGUAGAUCAUCUAGUGAGAUGGUACUGCAGCUUCUAGGUGGCAGUAGUAG